GCCGGCCGUCUUGGCGCGCCCCCCACCGCAGCGGCCGUAACCUAUGGGCGCGGUCGCCCUCUCUGUCAGCGACUGGCCGCCCACGUUCUGGGUCGGUCGGUUCCCCUCGUCGUCUUCCUCCCUCCUCGUCCUCCGCCUCCGUACCAUGUGCCCCACAUGCGCAUUCAUAUCCUCUUGCAGUCUUGCACCGGCUCCUCCAUUCCGCUCCCACGCCACCCUACCUACCCCAGAACUCUAAACCCCCCUGCCUGCCGUGUGCCGUGCCUAGAGGAGGCUAAAACCCCGGCCGCAGCCGCCUCGGCAUCACCCACCCGGAGCACCGGGAGAGGAGAGAGGGAGGGACGGAGGGUGCGAUGCUGGAGGCCGCGCGCGGGUGGCUGACGCCCGCGGUGCUGUUCGUGGUCGUGAACCUCGUCAUCGUCACCAUCGCCGUGGCGUCGAGGCUGAUGCCACCGCCGGCGGCGGCGCCCGGGCACGAGCGGCGGGGACUCCUGCUGCGCGCGCCGUCGCUGGCCGUGGACCGCCUCCGCGCGUCGCUCAGCUUCUCCCGCCUCGGCCUCGCCGCCGACCACGCGCCGCUCUUCGGCGACGACGUCGGAGCCCCGGACCCGGUGCCGUCGUCCUCGUCCCCCCGGGCGCCGCCGCCGGUGACGACGACGGGUGCCGGGGCGGCGGGGUACGACGGCCACGAGGCCGAGCGCGAGGAGGCGCGCAUCGAGCGGAGCCGGUCGGAGGCCGCCGCGGAGGCGGCGCCAGCUAGUAGUAAUAACCGGCGCCCGCGGGCGAGGAGGACGCGGAGGGCGGCGGCCGAGGAGGAGCCGGCGGUGGAGGUGGACGCGCGCGCGGACGACUUCAUCCGGCGGUUCCGCGAGCAGCUCCGGCUGCAGCGCCUCGACUCCAUCCUCCGCUACCGGGACACGCUCCGCCGCACCGGCACCGCCUAGGUAGCCAGGCCGCGAGCACGAAUUACGUUUACUCGUAGGGGGCUAAGUGCGAUUAUCACCGCAUGCGUAGGCGUAGCGUAGAGGCCGAGGUCUCGGUAAAAAAUUUCAGCAUCUGCAAUGUUUCUUAAAAAAAUUAUCUGUACGAGCUUUCAUUAGCUUAGCUUAAUCUUGGCGGUCCCCCAUGUUGGCGUCUUUGCAUCUUGCUGAUUAACCUCGCUUGUUAAAGUUGUACGCAGCAAAGAAGGAGGCUAUGCCGAGCUAGCCUUUAUAUC